AUGUCUCGGAUAGCAUGGCUUCGCGGCAGCGCGCAGAGUUCGCGCGCCGUGAGAAAGGAGCUGGUGGGCUGCCGUUCACUAGCAUCCUCCGAGCAAAUGGCUCGCAGUCGACCAGGUGCCAAAGAUGCUCCUAUGCCCAGGUGGCCAUUUCUCCGAUCGAAGGCCCUGUCGGCCGGACUCAGCGACUUUUUAUCCCAGGGUCCGGAGCAGCUGCUCGUGUCGGGCGCACGAGGCAGUGGGGCCUCCACGGCCAUUCGUGCGGCAUUGGCACAGCUGGGGAGCAGUCCCGCCUCUCCCAUGACGGUGGUGCUGGAUUGCAGCCAGGCCGGCAAAGGAUCUCUGGAGGACGCCUUUCGGAAGCAACUUGCAGAGCAGCUGGCAACGCUGGAAGAGCAGGAGGCGCUGAUUGAAUCCAUGAUGGAGGCGGUUGUCGCAGCGCACCCAGAGGUCGAGGCUGCCCUGGUGGCCUCCGUGACCGCCGUCUCAGGGCGCCAAGGGCUGCCGGGCGCAGUUCCCUCAGGGACAGAGGUGCCGGCCUGCCGAGCACUUCUGGACAAGCGGCUGCCGGCACCGAAGCUGGUGGCCGCAGCCUCCAGCGUCCUCGCGGCCCUGCCCCGGAAUGCCCCCAACCGACCGAGCGCCGCGCUUGCCUUCCUUUGCGAUGCGGGUGCACGGCAAGGCCCACAUCUGGCCAUGAGUUGCCUCCUCACUGCCGGACGUCGCGCUGCGGUCACUUCACAGGGCGAUCUGGUGCUAGUCCUUCUCCGGGCCGAUGCGGCAGAAGGCGCCCUCCGGAACUGCUUGGACCCCCCGUCGCCCGGCGACGCAGGUGCCGGCAAGCUGCGGGUGCUGCUGCAGAGCUACGAUGCGCUCCGGGCGAUCCGAACCAGCGCCGCAGGGGUGCCUGUCCUGACAGCAGACGAGUGGUCUGAGGAGAUGGCGCGGGCCAUCGUUCAGCCCCGCUUCCUUCCCAGCGAAGAGGUAACGGAAUGGAGCGCCAUGUGGGCCGCAGUGGGCGGGCACGCCUCGCACCUGAAGCAGGUCGCCGAGGCACUGGUCGAAGAGCGUCGGUCGCUGGAGGCAAAGAGGCGGCAGCAGGAGAUGGAUGAGCUGCGCCAGGAAAUCAAGCGCGAGCGGGAGCAGCCUGUUCGGAGACGCUUCGAGUUCUAUGGCAGAUCUUGCCCAAGCACUGGGCUCCUCAUGCCUGCUGGCCUUCUCGGGUCACCGGCACUGCUGCAGCAGGUGCGGGCCAGGGAGCCACCACCACAAAAGAAGCUGCUGGGCCCGCCAGCAAGUCCCAGCUCAGGCUGCUGCUCCGCCAGCAGCCACACUAAUUAG